CAUAUCAUUCGCGUUCUCAGCUCUAGGUAUGUCUUUUCGCGGACGAGGCGGUGGCGGCGGUGAUCGAGGUUUUCGCGGUGGAGGAAGAGGUGGUUUUCGUGGUGGAGGCGGAAGAGGCGGGUUCCGAGGAGGUCGCGGCGGCGGAGGUGACAGAGGAUACGAUCAAGGUCCACCCGAAGAGGUAAUCGAAGUUGGCGAAUUCACCCAUACUUGCGAAGACGACAUCGUUUGUAAAACUACAUGCGGCAAGAUCCCAUUUUUCAAUGCUCCAUUGUAUUUUCAAAGCAAGGAAAAAAUCGGAAAAAUUGACGAAAUCUUUGGAAGUAUAUUAGACAACGGAUUUUCUGUAACGCUCGCAGACGGUGUGAAAGCCAAUUCUUUCAAGUUGGGACAAAAGCUCUAUAUCGAUCCAGCGAAGCUCAUGCCUAUUGAACGGUUCCUUCCCGGAGCUCCUCGUGGUGGACGGGGACGAGGUGGCCGUGGUAGGGGAGGUGAUCGCGGUCGCGGUGGAGAUCGUGGAGGAUUCCGCGGACGUGGUGGCUUUGGUGGAGACCGUGGCGGUAGAGGAGGCUUCGGUGGCGGGAGAGGUGGACGUGGUGGAUUUAAUGGAGAUCAUCGAGGUGGUCGCGGCGGCUAUGGAGACCGCGGAGGUCGAGGCGGAUUUGGAGGAAAUCGUGGAGAUCGAGGCGGUUUCAAACGGUCAUACGACGGCGGUAACACACCACAAAACAAGAAGAUCAAGUUUGAUGACUAAUCGUUUUUUUUCAUCUCAUUAUAUUAACUAUUUGUUCUCGAUUGUUAAAAGUCGCUAGUAGUUGACUUCUAUGACUACUGCUGUUGUUAUGUUGUUAUCUCUCUUCGCGAGAUUCUCUUCCUUGUUUUUGUGUUGUUGUGAAAUGCAUAGGUAUAAGUUUAGUUCAGCUUUUGAAGUGUAAUGAAAAU